GGUGCUUCAAUGGCGGGCUUUCUUUCUUAUUGAUCAGAUCUCACAAUACUAAUCACUGAAUCCGCCAAAUCUCAUCUCUCUUUUUUGAUUUCCAUGGCGAUCCUGCUCAAAUCAUUUCUCCAAAACCAGUCCUUUUCAAAGACUCUCCUCAAGCCUUCGACCAUUUGCAGAAACAUAGCUUCUUCAUCGGAACCUCACAAGAAGCCACUCUCUGUUGUAUUCGAAGAGGCCGUGGGAUUGAGACCCAAAUCCGAAACUAGCGAAACCCAAGAAGAAGGGGGCAACGAGUUGAAGAGAAAGCUUUGGGAGUUAGAGAAGAAACUCAUAGAACUGAAGAACACAGAACCAGUGAUAAAGAAGAAGCUGAAGAAGGUUGUCGGGACAGUCCCAGAGCUGCAAACAGAGAAAAGUCGCAACCUUUACACGUUGUUUAAAGUCAACGAAGAGAAGAAGCAAGAGGAGGGACACGAUGUGGUUAGAGUUUACAAGGAGCUUCCUUUGGUGAUGGUUUCCUUUGUGAAGCUUCUGCAUAAAAAGGGGUAUUUGAACAAGGCUAAUUUCAUCAGUGGUGAGAAGCUGGAGCUGGGGAGUCUCGAUGAAGAGUACGCUAGAACUUUUGUCAAGUUUGCUGCUGAGAGAUUCGGAAAAGACUACCAGGAGAUAGCAAAGUGGUUGUCAGGUAGUGACCUGAAGAACAUUGUGCUAUUUGGCUGCCCAAGCUUGGAGAAAAGGGCGAUAUUCGCUGCUAAAACAUUGCGCAAAUUUUUCGACAUCCAUGAGAACAAUGUGUGUGAGAAAUGUGUUUUAAAAGAGAAGUGCAAGUUUCCAAACCAGAGUGUGUGGGACGGCAAGUCACAGAACUUACAUUUGUCUGUCGUGAUGAAAGUCAUCACACUAUAUCCAUUGGACUUGACUCAUCCAAAGCUUAAAGUUCCUCAAGAGGUCCAAGACUCAGUCUCAAGGUUGCUGACUGAGAUUCAGAACCUAAGCCGAACUAUCUGUACUCCUCUCUCAUGAGUUAAACCUUAUAAGGAAGAUUGCUUCCAGUAGACAUCAUCAACUGAGCAUUCUCACCUACUUCUAAUGUUAGUUUGCAACAACUGAAACUCUUAUGUUACUGAUCGGAAUGCUUAGUUUUAAUCUUUAGCUUGAAGAAGAUUAGAAGCAUGAGUGUG